GGAAAGGAAAUAAAGAUUUAUGAUAAAAAAAAAUUGAAGUAUAAUAAUUAUUUAAUAAUAUAUAACAUUAUUUUAUUAUUCGUGGGUAAAAAGUUUUCUAACAUUAAGUAUAAAGUUUAUUUUUGACUCCUCAUACGUCAUAAUUUUACUACAUCUAAUCGAAAAACGUACCAUACAAAAUUAUUCUUCAAGUGUGCAAAUACCAGUUUUUUGCGAAGUUUAAAAUCAUACAUAUAAAAUAAAGAUAAAAUUCAAUCAAAGUAUUUAAAAAAGUGUUAACAACAUUUAUUUAGUGGUUUUUAAAAAUUUUUAAUAGUCAUGUCAUUUUGUUCCAGAAGAAUUUUUCAACGAUUCCAAAUUAAUCAAAUUUCAAAAUUCUACUUUAGUAAUGUGUCAGGAGGACCAAAUAAACAUGAAUUUCCAAAACGUAAUAAAACAAUAUUUGGAAAGGAUAGUCCAAUUACGUGGAAAACUGUAGGAAUUACUGGUAUUUUAGGAGCGGGUAUGGUCACAUACUUGUUAUAUCUUAAAGAAGAACAAGAAGAAAAACAAAGACGAGAAAGAAAACGUCAGCUAGGAAAAGCACAAAUUGGAGGUCCAUUUGAAUUACUUGAUGGAUCCAACAAUAUUGUAAAAAGUGAACAAUUUUUGGGGAAAUGGAUGCUCAUCUAUUUUGGGUUCAGUCAUUGUCCAGAUAUAUGUCCUGAUGAAUUAGAAAAAAUGGCGUUAGUUGUUGAUAAUCUUGAAAAAGAAGACAUGAACACAGGCAUUCAAGGUAUUUUCAUAACUGUAGAUCCAGACAGAGAUACUCCUCAAAUAGUAGAUAAAUACAUAAAGGAAUUUUCUCCAAAAUUCAUUGGUUUAAGUGGUACAUCAGAUCAAAUUCAGCAAGUGUGUAAAAGAUAUAGAGUUUAUUAUAGCCCUGGAAAGAAAGAUGUUGAUAAUGAUUAUAUUGUGGAUCAUACAAUCAUUAUGUACUUGGUCAAUCCAGAAGGUGAAUUUAUAGAUUAUUUCGGACAAAAUAAAACUGCCCCUGAAAUAGUAGAACACAUUUUAUUACACAUGUUUAAAUUCAAACAAGAAAAAGGUUCAUUAUUGAGCAGCACUUUAGAAAAGAUAAACUCAUUUAGUGGAAAAAAAAUUGCUACAUCUUAAACGUAUAUUUAAAUUCAAUAAAAAUUUUUAUACGUUUAGACUAACUUCAGUUGUUGUUAAUUGUUACAAUAAUUUUAAAUAAAUACAUCAAUUUUAAAAAA